CCUCUCCACUGAACAGCUUGGACAAAGGCAGGAUGUGGCAUGAAGCCCGAAAGCAUGAACGGAAGCUCCGGGGGAUGAUGGUGGAUUACAAGAAGCGAGCCGAGCGUCGGCGAGAGUAUUAUGAAAAGAUAAAAAAGGACCCAGCUCAGUUUCUGCAGGUUCACGGCCGGGCGUGCAAGGUCCAUUUGGAUUCUGCAGUGGCUCUUGCAGCCGAAAGUCCUGUCAAUAUGAUGCCUUGGCAGGGGGACACCAACAACAUGAUAGACCGGUUUGAUGUACGAGCCCACCUGGACUACAUCCCCAUGUACACCCCUCCGUUGCUAAACCCAAUUUCGCCGGAACAGGAGUCUGAUGAGAGGAAAUGCAACUACGAACGGUACAGAGGCUUGGUGCAGAAUGACUUUGCUGGCAUCUCGGAAGAGCAGUGUCUCUAUCAGAUCUACAUUGACGAGCUAUACGGGGGACUCCAGAAACCCAACGAGGACGAGAAGAAGAAGUUAGCAGAGAAAAAGGCAUCCAUUGGCUACACGUACGAGGACAGCACGGUGGCAGAGCUUGAGAACCCGCCUGAGAAACGAGCAGAUGAAGAUGACUCUGAGGAGGACAGCAACACAGAUGAGGACGAAGUCAUCCCUGAUAUCGAUGUUGAAGUUGACGUAGACGAGCUGAACCAGGAACAAGUGGCUGACCUAAACAAGCAGGCCACCACCUAUGGCAUGGCGGAAGGAGAUUUUGUCCGGAUGUUACGGAAGGACAAAGAGGAGGCAGAAGCCAUCAAACACGCCAAAGCCUUGGAGGAAGAGAAGGCCAUGUACUCGGGCCGUCGCUCUCGACGACAGAGACGAGAAUUCCGAGAGAAACGUUUGAAAGGCAGGAAGAUCAGUCCUCCGAGCUAUGCUCGGAGGGACAGCCCCACCUAUGACCCCUACAAACGGUCCCCUUCCGAAUCCACUUCCGAGUCCCGUUCCCGCUCUCGCUCGCCUUCCCCAGGCCAUGAGGAGAAGAUUACCUUCAUCACUAGUUUCGGGGGCAGUGAUGAAGAAGCGGUCGCCGCUCAAGCCGGAGGAGCCCCCCGGAAGGCCACCUCCCUCGGCAAGGCACGCUCCGGCCAAGGGCAGCAGGGCAGCGCUGCAGCAGGUCAUAGCGCCUCUUCCCGGCGACGCUCCACAUCCUCUUCUUCUUCCACGUCCUCAACCACCUCGUCUUCCAGCUCGCGCUCCAGCUCACGGUCUCACAGGGCUGGCGGAUAUCACCGAGCCAGCCACUACACCCGCUCGCGGAGCCACAGAUACUCCCGCUCCCGCAGCAGAACCAGGCGGUACUCAGCAGGGGGCUCACGGGACGGACGGCGGCACUCCCGAUCUCGCUCGACAGAGAGGGGCUGGCGCUAUAGCUCCCGCCGCAGAUCCAGGAGCCAUUCCCGGUCUGGGGAACGGUACCGGUGGAGUGGCCGGGGAGGGAGACAUUGGAGCAGCAGCAGCGGAAGCGACAGCGAAUCGCGAAGCUGCAGCAGGUCAGCAUCUCCGGCCAGAGAUAAACCGCUGAGGCCUGCAGCUUCCCCUGCAGUAGGGGAGAAACUGAAAAAGGCUGAGACUGCUGGUGGUAAAGAGACAGGAGCUGCCAAACCAAAGCUGACCCCGCAGGAGAAACUGAAGCUGCGUAUGCAGAAGGCACUUAACCGGCAGUUUAAAGCAGAUAAAAAAGCUGCCCAGGAGAAGAUGAUGCAACAGGAACACGAAAGACAGGAGCGAGAAGAUGAGUUGCGUGCCAUGGCUCGGAAGAUCAGGAUGAAAGAGCGCGAGCGCCGAGAAAAAGAGCGGGAAGAAUGGGAGAGGCAGUACAGCCGCCAGAGCCGGUCUCCUUCCCCGCGUUACAGCCGAGAAUAUAGUUCUUCAAGGAGCAGGCAUUCGCGGUCCCGAUCCCGGAGCCCUCACUACCGCCACUAGACUCAGUCCUGGCACGGUGUGUGUGUACUGGCU